AUUGUUUAAACUCUUAUUGUAGGGCCUCGUUGGGCUUCCUGGAAUUUAGGAAUAUUCCUCUGCAUACGAUGUGCUGGAAUCCAUCGAAAUUUAGGUGUCCACAUUUCUAAGGUGAAAUCUGUAAAUUUAGACACAUGGACUCCAGAACAAGUUGCAUGUUUGCAGCAAAUGGGCAACAGUCAAGCACGUGCUGUCUAUGAAGCAAAUUUACCAGAAAGUUUUAGGAGACCUCAAGUAGAUUCGGCUUUGGAAGCUUUCAUUAGAGCUAAAUAUGAACAGAGAAAAUAUAUUGCUAAAGAAUGGGUUCCACCUCCUCCACCAAAACCUGCUGCCUCGUUAGGCCUUGAACUUCUCAGUUUUUCCCAGGCUAAUAGGUUGACAACAGUACAUCAAUGUAGGAAGAGACUCUGGAAAGCACAGUUUUCAAUAAGAUGUCCAAUGUCUCCAUUCAAAAUUUUGUUCCUUCAGAAUCCAUCAAUUUGUGAUGGAGAGUUAUUUAACUACUUCCCUGAUUAUUCAGAGUUAACUCGGUUUGACAUUGAAGAGGAAAAACGCAAAGAAAAAGAGAAAAAGAAAAAGAAUAAAAAUGCUGCAACUAUUGAAAUACCUUCUUUAGCUCAACUGCCUGCAGCUGUACCAAGACCACAUAGUGCAGGACCAGUUAGUCCAUCUCCUAAGGCUGUGCAUCAAGAAACACCCAAAAGUGUUAAUAAAGUGCCUGAUUCCACUGAUUUAUUGAAUUUAGGAGGUGGUGAUUCAAACCAAAUUGGGGGUGAUGAUAUAUUUGAUGUAUUUCUUAGUGCAACUCUUCCAAGUGCUUCAGACACAUCAGUUUCUUCUCAUGUCAACUCUACAGAGGAAACUUUCAAAAGCAAUAUUUCAUCUGAUGAAGCAGACUUUUUUAAUCAAAAAUCUGAUGGGAAUCAGUCUAAUAAAAUGACUAAGGAAUCUAUACUAUCUUUGUAUGGUACAAAUGCAACUCAAGUUCCCGUAACUCAGCAUGUUGCUCCUGUUUAUGGUAUACCGGGUGCUAUUCCAGGAAUGUAUGUUACUCCUCAGGCAUAUGCUCAAGUUGCAAUGAGUGGUUAUCAAGCUAUUCCAAAUCCUGGAUUUAAUGCUAUAUCACAGCAAAUGGCAAAUUUGCAGAUUUCUGGACAGGCAUGGAAUAUGACUAACAAUCCCAGUGCAGUUAAUUCUGGAGGUUUACUGAUUGCUCCAAGUCAACCUGCUGCUGGAGUAAUCUGGCCAACACCAAAUGUGCAAAAUCAAAAUAUUUCAAAUAAUUUAUGGCAAUAAUAUAGGUCACUGAAAUUUAUCAUAGUGUAUAAAAACUUCAAUUAUAAAGGCAUAUAAUAUUUAAAUAGUAUAGUUACAAAUUUUACUACUUUUUACUUUAUAAAAAUUGACUUUAGAAUGUUUUCGAUUUUUCCAUGGUACAAAUAUCGGAUUUUUCUUUUUUGAAAAACUUGUUAUUUAUUCUUCAAGUGAAAGAGUAAUUAAACAUUGCAUGUACUCUCAUGUCUUUAUUCUUUUGAGCAAGUAAAUAAAACUAUUAUUAUGUAAGUAAUGAGCUUUAUGGCUCUAAAUACUUUUUUAUAAUUAUCAUAUCUGUAACCUUGUAACUUUUCUGUAGUAAAUUCAUUAAAUUCUUGGAAAUUUUGAUUAAACCACUUCAAAGAACUAAUUUCUAAAUAUAUAUGCUUGUUUAAAAAUUAUUUAUAUUCAUGUUCCGUGUGUUUGAGACAUUCUUCUUCUGUGUGUAGUACAAUUUAUUAUGCUUUAAAUCAAUAGACUUACUUACUUUGAAAUAAAACAUAUAUAACAAUUACAUAAAAAAUAUGUAUAUAUUUCUGUCUAUAAAAAUCUAAAUUAAUAUUUUAAACCUAAGGAAAUGUAAAAUGCCUAAAUUGCUUUAAAUAUCUCUUUUUAACUUUAUGGUUGCAUUAUCUUUUAAGCAUUUCAUCUAAAAUUACCUAAGCAGAAAAAUAAAAACUUUUUUUUCUAUAUACUUUAUUGAACUACAUUCCAUGGCAUUUUUACCUCCACAUUGUAAAGAAAAAAAUAUUUAAUAAGUGUAUUUUAUAUAAUUUUAUAUUAUUUUUUUCAAAUGGAUAUCAUUUAUUCUAUUUAGUUGGUUUAAAAACUUGUCAUUUGAUAUUUUCAUUAGAAAAGUAGUUCAAACUGAAACUUCUUUACCGUAUAAAAUAUAUUAUUCUAUAUUGAAACAAAUUUGUGUAAUUUAAGGCUUGUGUGACAAAAUAAGUAAAAUCAAGGACAUACCUAUUAAAGUCCUAAUUUAAACAGGAUGUUCAAACAAAACAAUAAAAAUUCAAAAAAAUAAUUUUUUGUUAUAUAAUAGAGUAUUGGAUCCGUUCUAUUAUGCAGUUAAAAAAAAAAAAACAAUGGUCAUGAGAUGUACAGAUGAAUAUUAUUAACUGCAAAAAUCUUUCAUGUUCUUUCAUUCUAGCUCUGUAAAAGAUAAUAUUUAAAAAAAAAUUUCUUUCAAUAAAACUAUUAUGCUAUUAUAUUAAAACUAUUAUAUUAAAAAAUUGCAACUUUUUCAUUCAAUUAUUAAAAUUUAAUAAUUUAUCAUAUUAGAUUCGAAAUUGAUUCAUAUGGAUCUCAUAAUUGUGAUUUUAAUUUUAUAAUAAUUAAAUAAUAGAAGAUGGUGUAUUGUUAACCUAUUUUUUAGUUUGCCUCUUUUUAAAUAUAUUUUAAUUUACGAGCAUUGAAAUAGGUUUUUGUAAGGUUAUGAAUUUUUUGUUUGUAUGCAGUAGAGUAAUAAUGACUUUAUAUUAAUAUAAUAGAGUAAUUAUUAUAUCAUGCAGCUUAACCUUUUCUAUGUGAUCCUAAAAUUUAUGGCAGAAAAAUUAUUUUACUUUUUUUGGCGCUAAAGUUAGUAAUUACAAACUUUUUUUUCACUCAAUAAAACUCUCGUACCAUUCAUCCUUGUGCUAUAUGUAAUUGUUUAACUCUGCCAAUUGUAUUAAAAAUGGUAACUUUUUCAUUCAAUUAGCAAUUACGUUAUUAGAUUUCAAAUAGUUUUAUAUUCAUCUCAUAAUUAUAAAUUUAAUUUAUAAAUUAUAUUUGAUGACUGUCUUAUUUUUCACUGUUAACUUAUUUUUUAAAAUUAGAUGACUUUUACUGAGUAUACUUUUUAUGCAUAAGAAAAUACAUCUGUGAAUUUGUGUGAAACUUACGGGAGAACUUUUGUAAUUCCCUUCUCCUUUAUCGCAUUAAUUUUCUGAAUGUUGUGAGUUUAAAAUUAAAAUAUUUUUUGGAAGAAAGCUGAACUACAAAAUCCACAAAAAGAAAAGAAAAUUUAUUUUAGAUAUUGAGUUAAGACAUAAAUUAUUUUUAUCAAUAGCAAAGAUUUUGAAAGUUCUGUUUUUAAUAUUUUUUACUAAUGUAUUCUAAUUUCAAAUCGAUCUUAUACAGUUAAAAGUUCGCUGUGUUUGUCGCAUUUAAAAUAUAAUUGAAUCUCAAUAUAUUUUUUUUACGUUUUUUAAAUGAAGUUUUCUAGAAGCAGUUUUAAUCGAACAUUUUGAACUAGCAUAUACCGUAAGAAGUACUUAAUAUAUUUUCUGAUAUUUCUUUUACUUGCUUUAUUUCUGUAUUAAAGUUACUGUAAUUUUAGGGUACACUGUUUUCAUAUUUUGAUGCUAUAGCAAAUGUAAUUAUAAUCAUAUACUUUGCCAAAUUGUUUGAUUAUUUAAGCAAUGUUUGUUUUUGUAUUUUAGUAUACAUACAUUAGGUGUUAUGUAAAAUUUAUUUGAGUAUUCUUUAAGUAUACUUUACUUUCGGUUAUAUUAAAAAUAGUACUUAUUUAUUAUUAUUAAAAAUUUAUCUUCAUUAUUUUAUUGUGCUUAAAAUGUUAUUCACCUAUUAGUAUAUUUAACCCAUAUAUACCCAUAUUUAUAACACAACACUCAUUAUAUCAUUUAAAAUAUAGAUAUUUUUGUUCAUACAAAACUAUAAGAAAUGGGUGAAUGUGAUUCAUCUUGCCAGUGAUUGUAAAUAUUUAUUUAUAUGAACAAAUGUUUGAAUGCUUGUUUAUGAAUAAUGAGUAUAUUUAAAUUAUGCAAAUUAGUCUAAAUUUCAGAUCAAUAAAAUAAUUUUUUUUCAAUAA